AAAGAAAAGAAAAGAAAAGUAAAUAGAACAAAAUGGAAAAUAAGAUCUCCUCACAUAGUAACUUUAGGGCUAGUUAUAGAAUGUGUGUACACAAGUCAGUGUGUACUGAGAGGCAGGGUAUGAAACAUGAUUUCUUAUUGAGAAACACCGCUCCCAACUCCCUGCCUAGCACGAGGCUUUGCCGGCUGUGAGGAAGGUGCAGGGCUGGGCAGUGUUCAUGAGGGGUCCUGCAGGAGGAGGGGCGCUGGGCUGGGCAGCCUGGGUUGGAAUCCUAGCCUUGCUUCUCACUGGCUGUGUGACCUGGGGCAAGUCACUGGCCUCUCUGUUCUCAGUCUCCUCAUCCAUAAACAGAGACAUUGCAGUCCCUGCCCCAUGGGCUUGUUACGGUAUGUUAAUGAAGGUCUUUGCACAGAGCUCAGAAAAUAUUAAAUAGCAGGUAUUCUAGGGAUAGUUGCAAUGAUUACAGUUCCCACUCCUGUAAAUAUGUCCCAUUAGUCUGCAUGCAGCCCUGCCAUCAUCUCACCAGGCUGAGCAGCUCACCUAUCAAGGCAGGAGGGUUCCUAACCCUAUAGAAAAAGGAGAGAGCUGGGGACCAUGGCUUUAGGGGGACCUGGGCCACCAGCUAAACCCCUCAGCCUGUAAGCAGCCCGUCCUGCCAGAGCUGAUCAGCUGUCACGGUGGCUGUUUUCAUGAACCUCAGACUUCCUCCCCACCCUAGAGAAGGAAAAGUUUCUACACUUAUUUAGAGACUUCCCUGAUUUUAAAAAUAGGCCUUCCUCAGAACACAGAUCCCCUGGGGCAGGAGGGGAGAAGUGCUGGGGCAGCUGAGCCUGCUGCCUGGAGUCCUCUUGCCUCCCCACAGAGAAGAGAUUUGUUCAGGGGUUUCAUUCCAGCUUCCACCAUCCAGGAGGCAGUCACCCGCAGGGCCAAGGUGGCUCCCGCUGAGAGAAUGAGCAAGUUCUUAAAGCACUUCACGGUCGUAGGGGACGACUACCAUGCCUGGAACAUCAACUACAAGAAAUGGGAGAAUGAAGAGGACGAGGAGGAGGAGGAGCAGCCGCCACCCACACCAGCCUCAGGCGAGGAAGGCAGAGCUGCAGGCCCUGACGCUGCCCCUGCCCCUGGCCCCGCGCCCAGGGCCCCCCUUGACUUCAGGGGCACGUUGAGGAAACUGUUCAGCUCCCACAGGUUUCAGGUCAUCAUCAUCUGCUUGGUGGUUCUGGACGCCCUCCUGGUGCUUGCUGACCUCAUCCUGGACCUGAGGAUCAUCGAGCCCGACAAGAAUAACUAUGCCGCCAAGGUAUUCCACUACAUGAGCAUCACCAUCUUGGUCUUUUUUAUGAUGGAGAUUACCUUUAAAUUAUUUGUCUUCCGCCUGGAGUUCUUUCACCACAAGUUUGAGAUCCUGGAUGCCGUCGUGGUGGUGGUCUCAUUCGUCCUCGACGUUGUCCUCCUGUUCCAGAAGCACCAGUUUGAGGCUCUGGGCCUGCUGAUUCUGCUUCGGCUGUGGCGGGUGGCCCGGAUCAUCAAUGGGAUUAUCAUCUCAGUUAAGACACGUUCAGAACGGCAACUAUUAAGGUUAAAACAGAUGAAUGUACAAUUGGCCGCCAAGAUUCAACACCUUGAGUUCAGCUGCUCUGAGAAGGUAAGAAGACACAUCUGGGGACCAGGCAUGGUGGCUCAUGCUUGUAAUCCCAGCACUUUGGGAGGCUGAGGCAGGUGGAUCACC